AUGAGAACGCCAAAAGUGGAAAGGAGAGGAUUGUCUCGGUGCCAUAGUCAUUUCAAAGACAUCAACAGAAAGAUAUCCAGUUUCAUUGGCUGCUACAGUACUGCAUGUAGGGAGAAGCGUAGCGGUUGGUCCGAUGAAAACUACAUAUCCAAGGCAAGAGAGUUGUACUUUGAGAAAAUAGGUACGACGUUUAAUUUGGUGGAUGAGUGGAAGGUGGUUCGUAAUCAACCCAAAUAUAUGACAGGAGGAAAUGCAUCCGGUAGUAGUGGCUCUAAAAGAAAGAGUAGUGGUGAGGAUGUUGAAUCAUCAACUCCUACCCUUGUACGUCCAGAGGGUAGGGACGUGGCAAAGAAGAAAGCUAGAGGUUCCUCUAGUAAAACAUCUGUGUCAAGGAAAUCAAAGGGGGCAAUUGAGGAGGAGUUAUCUAAGCUAGUCAGUGCUCAUGAAAAAUUUGAAGAGAAAAGAUCAAGUACUGCUUCAGCUAUGAAUAACCUGGCUCAUUCCAAGAAUAUGGAGAUGUGGUUAUUCUUGAAAAACAAACCAGAUCGUGACGAUGAAGAUGAAGAAGCUUAUAAUAUGUUGAGGAAGAACCUGUUUGGAAAAUAA